GGGUGUGGCUGUACCGUAGAUCUAGUGUCAAACAACAGCCAGCCACCAAGCAAAAAUCACUACAUAUAUAUAUCUAUGUCUAUGAGAUCAAGAGCAAGUCACAUAUCUAGCCCUGUGCUCUGUCUAAAAUGGAUUUUUCCACACUGAAGCGGAGCAAGAAGACGUUGGACGUGCAAGUCACCACACUCGAUGCUGUGUUGGAGUUUCAGAUCGAUGCUAAGUCCACGGGCAAGAACCUGUUUGACCUUGUGACACGGACCAUUGGAGUGAGGGAAGUCUGGUACUUUGGGCUGCGUUACAAGGAUAGCAAAGGGUUCACCAGCUGGCUCAAGUUCAACAAGAAGGUGAUUGACCAGAACGUGAACAAGGCUAGGACAGCGGAGUUCCACUUCCGCUGCAAGUUCUUUCCCGAGGACGUAGGGGAGGAGCUGGUACAGGAGGUCACUCAGCAUAUGUUCUACCUCCAAGUCAAGGCCUCCGUGCUCAAUGAAGAAGUCUACUGUUCCCCAGAAGCCUCAGUACUACUGGCUUCCUAUGCUGUGCAGGCUGAGGUAGGUGGGGCUGAGUUUGGUGAAUACGAUCAAGACAUUUAUCAAGCUGGGUUCCUGUCAAACGAGCAGUUGUUACCACAAAGGGUGAUGGACCAAUAUCACAUGACCCAGGACAUGUGGGAGGAGAGGAUAGUGAGCUGGUGGGCUCAACAUCGUGGAAUGCUCAGGGAAGAAGCAGAGCUUGAGUACUUAAAGGUGGGGCAGGAGUUGGAGAUGUACGGAGUCAACUACUUCGAGAUAAAGAACAAGAAAGGCACACAACUUUGGAUGGGUGUGGACGCAUUCGGGCUAAACAUUUACGAGCAAGACGAUCAGCUGUCUCCAAAGAUCUCCUUCCCGUGGGGAGAAAUAACGAACGUGGAGUACCAUGGGAAAAAGUUCUUCAUAAUGCCAAGUGACAGAAGAUCUCCGAGCUUCAUCUUCUAUGUGUCUAAGACAAAGAUCUCAGAUCAUAUCAUGCAGCUGUGCAUGGGUAACCAUGACUUGUACAUGCGUCGCCGACGACUAGACACAAUGGAGGUCCAACAAAUGAAGGCCCAGGCCAAAGAAGAGCGAGCGAGGAAAAUGGCCGAGAGAGAUCGCCUGGAGAGAGAGACUCAGGGACGUAUUGAGGCCGAGAGGAGACAGGCGGAGUUGGAGGAGCGGCUUGUUGAAAUGGAGGAGGAAGCUCGUAGGGCUCACGAGGACAGGCUGCAGGCCCAGAGAAUUGUAGAGCUACUCAGUGAGAAGGUCAAGCUGGCAGAGGAGGAGGCUCAGGCCCAUGCUAGGAAGAAGAUGGAGGCCGAGGAGGAGAUUAGGAGGGUGAGAGCAAGUGCCGUUAAGAGUGAGGAAGAGAAGCUUGCUAUGGAGCGCAAAGUGCAAUUGGCAGAGCAAGCAGCCACCAUUCUCCACUCGUCAUUACAUCAUGACUACGAGAGGGAGGAGCCUAGUAGGGGGUCAGGAGGUGGCGGGCUUAACGGGGAAGAGGAGGGAUUAUCCCCCAGCAGUGUGGGCGGGCCCAUCAUCACAGAUACCACCACCAGCACAUCCACCACCAGUGCCCCUACUCCGUCUGGUGCCAGUGUUGAUGUGCUCACCGUCCGCUCCCCGUCACCAGAGCAACAGUGGGCAAAUGAUGCUACAGGCGGGUGGGGGGAGUCCCCUAGAGCAGAGCUGGACCUUGUUGCUGACAGAGACAUUGAGGACCUAACCAAACAACUAGAGAAAGAAAGUAUGGACUAUCAGGAAAAGUACAAGUACAUUUCCGAGCAGCUAACAGUCCUAAAAACAGAAAUGGACGACCUCAAAAAUGACGAUAGAGUCACACGAAAUGACGUGAUUCAUGAGAGCAACUUCAAACGAGGCAGACAAAGCAAAAGACGAAUGUUAGACCAGAGUAAAGCUGGAACUUCCAAGACAAGAAUCGCUUUCUACGAAGAACUAUGAUAGACUUCACAAUCUAUUACCUACCACUGACUCACGUACUGUAUUGUAAUGACGAUGCCAACUCAUUCUGUCUUCUAUAAUUCUGUAAAAUAAUAAUAAUUAUCAAUCCAUGAAUAAUCACAAAGAUUAUUUUUUUGCCCCUG